UGCUGGAACACUGACACAACUACAAGUCAAUCAGAGGUAACGUGACCUCGAAGCUAAAUUUAUCCAGCUCGUCUGAAGUCAGAUUUCAGUUGCAGAACACAAGCAACACGAGGUCUGCACUAUCAUUGAAAGUACUCCUUGCCUGUCACGACCGCCCCCACACCAACAGUUCACCGCGCAUCCCCAGGGAGGCAGGCCCCCACUAUUUGAGAAGCACGGGAUUAACUGAUCGGUCUUCCAGGUAGAUGACGUCACACACCAGCUGACAUUUUACGAUGGGACGAGGUGCUUGAUGGCAGGAGCGCCGGGGUCAGAGGUUAUCCUGUACGCUGUGACAUCACAAGGUGGACGGAGGUUAUGGCGGCCAUUGUGAUGUGUGGCUCGGUCAGUUCCAUGAAAGCUUUGUGGGAGACCAAGAUACAGAAUGUCCGGGACCACUGGGAGAAGCAGAGCAAGAGGCCGCGCGGCAGGUUGAGCGUUGGCAUUUGGGAGGACCGAGAGACUCUGGCUCGCCUCAAAGAGAAACUGGCGACUGAAGAUGGCAGACUGGUUCUGCGCUUGGAGCACGAGGAGUGGAAGGCACUGCCGGGCUGCCUGGUCCAGUUGAGUCAGGUGCAGGAGUGGCAGAUUCACCGCUGCGGACUGCAGAAGAUUCCCAGCUUCAUCUCCUCCUUCCAGAACCUUCUGGUCCUGGAUUUGUCCCGGAAUGGGGUCGCUGAGAUCCCAAAACAGAUUGGCGGACUGACCCGGCUCAGAGAACUGCUGCUCAGCUACAACAGAGUCCAAUUUGUUCCAGAGGAGCUCAGCAACUGUGAGAGUUUGGAGAGGUUGGAACUGGCAAUGAACAGAGACCUCCACCAGCUUCCAGAUCAGGUCAAAGUAUUUUUCUUCUCUCUUUUGUCGAUCUUUGUAGGCCCUCGGUGGAUUGGCUCUUCAACCCAACCAUUCAAGGACGCUUGUUCCUAUGCAUGCUUGAAUGCGACUUGCAAGAAGCAUGAACAGAACCAGCUUUUGAGCAAGCUGAGGUGCUUGCAGCAUCUCGACUUGUCCAUGAACCUGUUCAGCGUCGUGCCGCCGUGCGUGCUGCGCAUGCCAGCGUUGGAGUGGCUCGACAUGGCGGGUAACUGCCUGCACUCCUUACCCGAAGACAUCAACACGAUGGAGAAGUUGCACGCGUUGUGGCUGCAGAGGAACCAGCUGGAGAAGCUUCCAGAGAACAUCAGCAGAAUGCCCAGUCUGGACACGCUGGUUCUGAGCAGCAACAGACUGAGCGACAUUCCACCCAUGAUGGAGGACAUGUCCAACCUCAGGUUCGUCAACUUCCGGGACAAUCCGCUGACGCUGGAGGUCAACAUGUCUGCCACAAUGCCGUCUGAAGACGACGACCGUGAGAUGUUCGGACGAGACUUCAUGCUGAUGUACAUUCAGGAGGCCCGGAAGAGAGCGCAUGCUGCUCUCAACGUGCACAGAGUCGCCUGCUGACCCCCCAAAACUUAGCCAAUCACUCAUCCAAGUCAGGUGACUGAUGUUUUUUUCACACACGAUUGAUGUCAAAGUUUGUUUUUAUUUGCAAAAAAUCAGACAUCAGAUCAAGUCAGGAGGAGGGCGUGGCAGUCAGCAGGACAUUUUCCAGGGUCACGUGACUGCCAACGUAACGAGUGAGUCGGCCGUGGAAUCCUUUGCUGCGGAGGAAGUGAAUUCUCCCGCUGUCAAUCAGAAGUUUGCAACGGCGUCCCAUUUGCUCACGCUCGGCUGGCGACAAAAACCUGCCAACAAGUCGCAGACUACAUGAUGCUGAUAUAAAAUGAGCACACUCAUCACUUGUCACAUGACCAACUUAUUAACAAGUCUGAUGUUCAUUAAAAUGAGAUUAUGUUCUGUGCUACCAAACAAAUAUCUGAUGAAAUGCUUGAGGUGAGAAAUAUUUACCCGAGCACAUCAUCUGUCUCCUCUAUCGGCUCGUGUUCUUCAUCCACUCUCUGAUCGGCUGCUCGAAGGCCGCAGGUGGCCCAGCUAGACAUGCGACAGAAUCCUGAGAACUCUGCGGGACCCAGACCCAAGUCCAAGAAGAACUGCUGACCCACAUAAUGAUGCCACUCGCAGCGAUGAUGACAGCACAGUGCCACUGCUAGGCCCAACACUGGAUCAGGACCGGAGGAUCCACAGGAAGCAGGUCUGUCAUCUGCUACUGAGCAAGACGACAUUUUGAGCCGUUUCAUUGGUGGCUCGUGUUGAGGCGCUGAUGUUUCCAGCAAACAGCGAAGAGCAAGAUCUGACCCAACAAGAAUAAGAUGAUGAGUUUAUUUCUUUGGUUUGUCAUUUGCAUGCGUGAUAGAGCUGCACCACGAGCACCGCAGCGUACAUAAGCGUAGUUCUUACCUGUCGCUGCUCCACAUAAAUGUUUCCCGACCCCUACGAGCGGCAGCCGACGCUCGAGCAGCGGGACUUUACCUGCAAUCAGUCACAUGACCAGAGUCACAUGAGCAGACACACAGGAGAAACAGCAGAGGGCGACGCCGGCCUCUUACUCAAAUCCAGGUGCUGAAUGUCGAUCUGCAGCCUGGCAAACUCCACGCCGGCAUCCUGAUGCUUCCCGUCCACCUGGACCAAGACAUAACAUUUUUCUUGUACAGUCGCCCCUCACCACAUCGCAGAAUUUCACGGCUUCACUAUACAGCGUUUUUUCUAAAAUAUAUUAAUCAUUCUGUUUCGUGGUUGAGCACUGACUGUUAUUAAA